UCAAGAACUAAACAUGGGAAAAAUAAGUGCUGAAAUUAUGUGGACUCUUUUUGCUCUAGAUAUGAAAUAUGCAUUAGAAGAACAUGAGAAGCAACAGUUAUGCAAAAGCACCGAUUAUAUGAAUUUGCAUUUCAAAGUGAAAUGGUUUUAUAAUGAAUAUGUGCGAGAACUUCCUGCCUUCAAGGAUGCUGUUCCUGAGUAUUCCUUGUGGUUUGAACCUUUUGUCAUGCAGUGGCUAGAUGAAAAUGAAGACUUGUCAAUGGAAUUCCUUCAUGGAGCACUGGGAAGAGACAAAAAAGAUGGAUUCCAGCAGACAUCUGAUCAUGCCCUCUUCUCUUGCUCCGUGGUUGAUGUCUUUGCUCAGCUUAAUCAGAGCUUUGAGAUAAUUAAGAAACUGGAAUGUCCAAAUCCUGAAGCACUAUCUCACUUAGUGAGAAGAUUUGCAAAGACUAUCAACAAAGUGUUAGUCCAGUAUGCUGCAAUCGUGUCAAGUGAUUUCAGUUCAUAUUGUGAUAAGGAGAAUGUGCCCUGUAUCUUGAUGAACAAUAUUCAGCAAUUGCGGGUCCAGCUGGAAAAAAUGUUUGAAUCUAUGGGAGGGAAAGAGCUAGACCCCGAAGCUAGCACUAUUCUAAAAGAGCUUCAAGUUAAACUCAAUGGAGUUCUGGAUGAGCUCAGCAUCACUUAUGGUGAAAGUUUCCAGCUUAUAAUUGAAGAGUGUAUAAAGCAGAUGAGUUUUGAACUAAAUCAAAUGAGAGCAAAUGGAAAUAAUGUGUCUAAUAAAAACAGUGCAGCAAUGGAUGCAGAGAUUGUGUUAAGACCACUUAUGGAUUUCUUGGACAAAACAUUAAGUCUCUCAGCAAAAAUUUGUGAGAAAACAGUCCUGAAGCGAGUUUUAAAAGAGCUAUGGAAACUAGUUCUUAACAAAAUAGAAAAGCAAAUUGUUCUCCCUCCUCUGACAGAUCAAACAGGACCUCAGAUGAUUUUCAUUGCAGCUAAAGAUCUCGGACAAUUAUCAAAGUUGAAGGAGCACAUGAUUCGAGAGGAUGCCAAGGGUCUGACGCCAAGACAGUGUGCUAUAAUGGAGGUGGUCCUGGCUACCAUCAAGCAAUACUUUCAUGCAGGAGGAAAUGGUCUGAAAAAGAAUUUCUUGGAGAAAAGCCCAGAUCUUCACUCCCUGAGAUACGCUCUCAGUCUUUAUACCCAAACUACUGAUGCCUUGAUAAAGAAAUUCAUAGACACUCAAACCUCACAGAGUCGCUCCUCCAAAGAUGCAGUGGGUCAGAUAUCUGUUCAUGUGGAUAUCACUGCCACCCCUGGGACUGGGGAGCACAAAGUCACUGUUAAAGUGAUUGCUAUUAAUGACCUACACUGGCAGACCACAGCAAUGUUCCGACCCUUUGUGGAAGUUUGCAUACUGGGACCUAACCUAGGAGACAAGAAGAGAAAACAAGGCACAAAGACAAAAAGCAACACAUGGUCACCAAAGUACAAUGAAACAUUUCAGUUCAUUCUGGGUAAUGAAAACCGCCCAGGGGCCUAUGAACUUCACCUCUCAGUCAAGGAUUACUGUUUUGCCCGGGAAGAUCGAAUUAUUGGAAUGACAGUAAUUCAACUACAGAACAUUGCAGAAAAGGGAAGUUAUGGGACAUGGUAUCCUCUUUUGAAAAGUAUCUCUAUGGAUGAAACUGGUUUGACUAUCCUUAGAAUACUCUCUCAGAGGACCAGCGAUGAUGUGGCUAAAGAAUUUGUAAGAUUAAAAUCUGAAACAAGAUCUACUGAAGAGAGUGCUUGAAACAAAGCAGCAAGAUACCAUUUUUGAGAAUUCAUAAAACUAACUUGUUUGUCUACUGCAUGCAUGUGAAAAUACAGGGGAAUGUUUAUUUCACUAUGUUUCAUUGUUUGCCAGUACUCAAGUACAAUGUCUACAAGGUAUGUAGAAAACUUACUGAACUUUUAUACCAAUUCUGGUUUUUGGGAAAUAAUGUUCCAUGAAGUGCCAAAAUGAGAUGUAAAGUGAAAUAUCAAGACUAUCUCUUAAAAUGUU